AACUGAAGUUAAGUGGAGGAAAGAGAAAUAGAAAGAGAAAGACUAAUGGGGUGUUCCAUAGGUCAGCCAUUUGGGAUUGCAGAAAACAAAACACAAAUAAAGAGAAAGCAAGGAAAAGAGUGUGCUUAUGUUUCUGUCUGGGCAUUGUAGGGAAACUUUGGGGGCAACCCAACCAAACUCACAAUCUCUCUCUCACACACACUCAUCGCUUUCGCAAUCCAACAUUCUUCUCUUCCAUUCUCUUCCACCCAUGAAUUGCUAUUGAUACAUACAAAUUCAUUCAACAAGGAUUUCCGAUGAAGACGCAUCCACCACCGCAGCCCGACGGUGGCUCCGCCGCUCCCAAUCCCAAUCCCAAUCCUUCCCAAGAGAAGAAGAGCAUAAACCCGGAGCUGUGGCAAGCUUGUGCAGGGCCUUUGGUUAAUCUUCCUCCCUCUGCCACACACGUCAUCUACUUCCCUCAGGGUCACAGCGAACAGGUUGCUGCAUCUCUCAAGAAAGAUGUCGACGCUCAAAUUCCCAACUAUCCCAAUCUCCCUUCCAAGUUACUCUGUCUCCUUCACAGUCUCACUCUGCAUGCUGAUCCCGAAACAGAUGAAGUAUACGCUCAGAUGACGCUUCAACCAGUCCCUUCUUUCGAUAAGGAUGCUCUGUUGAGAUCAGAUCUUGCUCUCAAGUCCACCAAGCCACAACCCGACUUCUUCUGUAAACAGCUCACCGCAAGUGAUACCAGCACUCACGGAGGUUUCUCAGUGCCCCGUCGUGCCGCCGAGAAGAUUUUCCCUCAUCUUGAUUACUCUAUGCAACCUCCUGCUCAAGAACUCGUCGCCAGGGAUUUGCACGACAAUGUUUGGACAUUCCGCCACAUAUACCGUGGACAACCAAAACGGCACUUGCUUACCACUGGGUGGAGUCUAUUUGUCAGCGGAAAGAGGCUUUUUGCCGGGGACUCUGUUUUGUUUAUAAGAGAUGAAAAGCAGCAGCUUCUUUUGGGUAUCAGACGAGCUAACAGGCAACCCGCCAAUAUAUCUUCGUCAGUACUAUCCAGUGACAGUAUGCACAUUGGAAUUCUUGCUGCAGCGGCUCAUGCAGCCGCAAACAAUAGUCCCUUCACCGUCUUUUAUAAUCCUAGGGCUAGUCCCUCAGAAUUUGUUAUUCCUUUGGCCAAGUACUACAAGUCGGUGUACAGUCACCAACCGUCACUUGGCAUGCGUUUUCGAAUGAUGUUUGAAACUGAAGACUCGGGAACGAGAAGGUAUAUGGGUACAAUUACAGGUAUCAGUGAUCUGGAUCCUGUGCGAUGGAAAAACUCUCAAUGGAGAAAUUUGCAGGUUGGUUGGGAUGAGUCAACUGCUGGAGAAAAGCGUAGCAGGGUCUCUAUCUGGGAAAUCGAACCAGUAACUGCUCCAUUUUUCCUCUGCCCGCCUCCAUUCUUUAGAUCCAAGAGGCCAAGACAACCUGGAAUGCCGGAUGAUGACUUAUCUGAUUUUGAUAACAUUUUCAAGAGGACAAUGCCUUGGCUUGGUGAUGAUAUGUGCAUGAAGGAUGCCCAAGGUCUCCCUGGCCUGAGCUUAGCUCAGUGGAUGAACGUGCAGCAAAAUCCUACACUGGCUAGCUCGUUGCAGCCAAAUUUUGCACCUUCCUUACCGGGAUCUAUUUUGCAAAAUAUUCCUGGGGCUGAUAUAUCUCGGCAGCUGGGAUUUUCCGCUCCGCAAAUUUCUCAGUCAAACAAUGUAGCCUUCAAUACUCACAGACUACUUCAGACUGCUCAACAGCUGGAUCAACUUCAGAAGCUACCAUCUACAUCUAGCACAUUAGGAGCAGUCCUGCCACCACAGCAACAGUUGGGUGAUAUCACUCAACAAUCAAGGCAGAACUUGGCAAAUCAAACUAUACCACAGAGUCAAGUUCAAGCCCAGCUCUUGCAUCCCCAAAACAUUGUCCAAACCAACAAUAUUCUUCAGCAGCAGCAACCAUCCAUUCAAAACCAUCAAAUGCAUAGAAGCCUCUCUCAAAAUCCAUCACAGCAGCAGACGAUUAUAAGUCAGGGUCAACAACAAAAUUUGAUCCAGUCCCCUAUCCCUGAUCAUGUUCAACAAUUACAGAUGUCUGACAAUCAGAUUCAGUUGCACUUGUUACAGAAGCUUCAACAACAAAAACAAACGCACUUGGUACAGCAAACAGUGUUGCAGCAGCCUACUCAGCUUACUCAAAUCCAGGAUCAGCAGAGACAGAUUUUAGAUAAAACACAUAACUUGUCUAGAGCACUAACACCUGGUCAAGUUCUAGAAAUUCCUCCUAUGCUUCAAAAUUCACUGCCUGAGGCUAAUUCUAUUUCUAAUCAGAUCACAAAGGCUAAUUUCCAGAACAGUAUUCAAUUCCCUCAGCAGCCCAAGCUUCAACAGCAGCAACCUGGCUUGCUGUCUGAAGUGUCUGGCCACAUGGGACUUCUUCCUACCCCUACUACAAAUAACCAACUUUCUGCUGCUGGUAGUAGUAUACUGAAUGGAGCAACUGGGGCAGGGCAAUCUGUAAUUACUGAUGAUAUUCCAUCUUGCUCCACCUCACCUUCUGCAAAUAACUGUGCCAGUGCACUUCCGCCAUUGAUAAAUUCUCGACUGCAGAGAAACACAAUAGUAGGGGAUGACAUGGCUCAGUCUGCUUCAACAAUCUUGAGUUCAAGUGCGUUAGAAACUAUGUCAUCAAAUGCAAACUUGUUGAAAGAUUUACAAUCGAAGUCUGAUGUUAAACCUUCUCUGAAUAUUUCGAAAAGUCAAAAUCAAGGGCAUUUUGGCCUUCAGUCAUACUUGAAUGGUAGUGCUGUCCAUACUGAUUGUUUGGACACAUCAUCUUCUACAACAUCAGUUUGCCUUUCUCAGAGUGACGCACAUAUGCAUCAGAAUAAUAAUCCAUUAGCUUACAAUCCACAUUCUAUGUUGUUCAGAGACAAUAGUCAAGAUGGGGAAGUUCAGGCAGAUGCUAGGGGCAAUAUUCCAUAUGCCAACAACAUUGAUAGCCAAAUGGGAAUGCCACUGAAUCCAGAUUCCCUUUUAACCAAGGGCACAUUGGGGUUGGGGAAGGAUUUGUCUAAUAACUUCUCUUCAGAAGCCCUACUUGGUAAUUAUGAAAAUAACAGAGAUGCUCAGCAGGAACUUUCAUCUUCAAUGGUUUCGCAGUCAUUUGGAGUCCCUGAUAUGGCCUUCAAUUCAAUUGAUUCCACAAUAGAUGAUAGUAGCUUUUUGAACAGGGGUACAUGGGCUCCACCACCAGCACCGCCUCCACCACCUCUGCCACCAGCACAGUUUCAGCGGAUGAGGACAUAUACCAAGGUAUAUAAACGUGGAGCUGUGGGAAGGUCCAUAGACAUAACUAGGUAUUCAGGUUAUGAAGAGCUUAAACAGGAUCUAGCUCGCAGAUUUGGAAUAGAGGGACAGCUGGAGGAUCGGCAAAGGAUAGGUUGGAAACUUGUCUAUGUAGAUCACGAGAGUGAUGUUCUACUGGUGGGAGAUGACCCUUGGGAGGAGUUUGUGAACUGUGUCCGCUGUAUUAAAAUACUUUCUCCUCAAGAAGUGCAACAGAUGAGCUUGGAUGGAGAUUUUGGCAAUGGCGGCCUUCCAAAUCAAGCGUGUAGCAGCUCUGACGGUGGGAAUACCUAAACGAGAGUCCAAUAAUACACUAACAAUUCUUGCAUAGUGGUAACUUAGAUUAUUUCUGGAGAUACAUUAUGAUCCUACAUAGGUCUUCGAAGCGAUCUUUGCAGUUUGAAGCAGAAGUUCCGGCUCUGUUCUGGACGUGCAAAAUGCCGCUAGUGCUACAAAUUCAAUUAAGUUAUUAAGGGCAUAGAAAGAUGCGUUGUUGUAAUACUAAAAAAAUUAUUAUUGUUGGCAAAUUCUCUGUACUGUAGAAAGAAAGGUUUGAUAUUACGCAAUGCUUUUGAAUGUACAAAGUUGAAGGUUUAUUGGCCCUCUAGGAGGAAUUGCUUUGUAAACGCUAGGCAGCUAGAUUUUGAGGAAGCUCUCAUGAUCUUCCAUCCUUGCAGGCACUUUAGUUCUCUGCCAAGAGGGACUGUGAAGUAGAGAAACUUCAAAUGUUGUAAGGUCAAGUGAAUACUGUUGCUUUGUUUGAUUGAAGCGUAAGGACUAAAAAUGGUGGAGAGUAUUUCGACUGUAAAGUAGUUCAAUCAAUGACAAUUGUUUAGGUUUUAUUUUUAACUGAAUAAAUGGUGAAUUUUGUUUA